CGGCACUAUAUUGGCAUUCCCGAGAUUGUUUGAGCGGAAACCUCCAAUCCGAGGGCGGAGGCGUCGCCGUAGCCAAGGGGUACUUCCUCGUCUCUCUCUGCAAGCAAACACAUCCGUUUCCACUCCCGAUAACGUUAUUCCCGCUAUCCCACAGUGAUUCCAUGGCCGACCCCUCUUCCGACGAUCUAGACCAACUCCUUGACAGCGCUUUGGACGACUUCACCAAGCUUGAUCUCACUGCUUCUCAAAGGAGCGGUGGGGUUGGAGAUGGGAAAGAAGGAGGUGGAGGAAGUGGGGAAGAGGGAAGGGCUUCUUUGCCCCCUUCUUCCUCGGUGCUGGGAUUGGGUAUAGGGCUGCCGGACCUGAAGGCGAGGAGGAAGGGGAAGCAGCGGGCUCCUCCCGAGGGAUCUCACGCCUCCGAGGCGCUCGAGAAAUUGACUCAGCAGACCCGCGAAGCCGUCCGGGGGCUGGAGUCGGCCACCGCCGCGGCCCCGAGAGGCGAGGGUGGUUUGGAUAGCGAGGCCAUGGUCGAGGACUUUGUCAAGCAGUUCGAGGAGCUCGCUGGGUCUCAGGAUAUGGAAUCUAUUGUUGAAACUAUGAUGCAACAACUUUUGUCCAAGGAGAUUCUUCAUGAACCUAUGAAGGAAAUUGGAGAAAGAUAUCCAAAGUGGUUGGAGGAGCACAAAAAUAGAUUGAACCAGGAAGAAUACGAUCGCUAUCAUCGCCAAUAUGAGUUCAUAUUGAAGCUGAAUGAUGUAUAUGAAAAUGAGCCUGAAAAUUUCUCUAAGAUUGUUGAUCUCAUGCAGAAAAUGCAGGAAUGUGGCCAACCUCCCAAUGAUAUUGUUCAAGAGCUUGCCCCUGAUCUUGAUCUAAACAAUCUGGGCCAAAUAACCAUUUGAAAGAGAGAUCAUAUUCUGCAUCUACCACUGAGCUUUGGCUAAUUACAGGAUUGCUCUAAAAGCACCUAGUUAUGCUACCAAUUAUGCAUCUGCUUGGUACAAUCCCAUGAAUGCCUGACAGGAUUGCUUGAGAUGAUAUGUAUCUCAUCAUCUUACAAACAAUCUGCUCAUAGGAUUUUAAUGUUUUGCUUUAAAAUUGCACAUUUGUGAAUUUUAGCUUCUCUUUUUUUUGUUUUGUUUUGUC